AUGCAGAAAUCAAGAGUAAAUUUGGCUCUCAAAGGUGACAGGAACACUAGGUUGAUGCAAAGGUUCAAUAACGACAAUGGUGAUGAAAGUGGUGGCAAUGGAAGGGUGAUGGAUGAUGGUGGUGGUCAUAGCAGCGACGGUGAUGGUGGAGCUUAUGAGGUUAUAUGGGGUCGGAGAUAUAGUGACAUGUGCUCCAAUGCUACCGAAUCAUUCAACAACUGUGUUCAGAAAGCUCGGCAUCGACCCAUUACUCAGUUGGUGGAUGGGAUUAAGGGCCAAAUCAUGGAGCAGAGGUCUAAACGUAAAGUUAAAUCCAGUGUUUGGGUCGGGGAGCUUUGCCUGAAGAUGGCAAAGGUUUUGGAAUCGGCGUACAAUGACAGUAGGUCGUGGAUUAUUCGUCAGUUCAAGGACAAUGUGUUUGAGGUUCGUUCACACCUAUCAGUGUUGGUCGAUUUUAGGGCAUGUACAUGUUCAUGUUUCCAAUGGCAAUUAAGUAGAUUCCCAUGCUCGUAUGCGGCUGUAGCUUUCCAAAAUAGUAGUAAGAACAUAUAUGACUUCAUUGAUUCAUUUUACUAUGUGCACGAGUUUAGGGCGGCGUAUUCUGGGGCUAAUCACCCAAUUCCUACAAUAAGGAAACCAAAUUUGGCAACAAUGGAUUAUCUCAUCGCACCACCUAUUUUUAAACGCCCACCUAGAAGGUCCAAACAGAAAUGGGUGUUGUCCAAAGGUGAGGUGGUUCAACGGAUUCAAUACGGCCGUUGCGGUAAAAUGGGUCAUCAUAAUAGGAAAACAUGUGAGGAACCAAUGUAG